GCUGAUUGUCAAAUCGAAUUCAUAAUCGCAAAAUUGAUUUGAAAUUUUUAUUUUGUAAGCGAAAAUAAUAAGAAACAUGAAUAUACGAAGCACAUAUCGUAUAUUUAGUAGGCCCGCCCUUCUAUCUAUGAUGUGUAAAAGAGAAAAAGGGUACAAAGUUGUAAAGAGACCGGAUCCAAAAACCCUACGAAUGCCUUCAGUCGCCGAUGCUCCUAGUAUUAUGGAUAUAUUAAAGGAAAAAAUACGCUUAAAUGGUCCGUUAACUGUAGCUGAAUAUAUGCACAUAGUGAUAACUAACCCAACAGAGGGGUAUUAUAUGAAAAAAGAAGUAAUUGGUCAACAGGGAGAUUUUGUAACCUCUCCAGAAAUAAGUCAAUUAUUUGGAGAAGUAUUAGCAAUAUGGUUUUACUCGGAAACGCAAAAGAUGGGUUCGGGGAAACCGCUACAAAUCGUUGAGCUGGGACCUGGUAAUGGUACUUUAAUGGUUGACUUUUUAAGGGUCUUAAACAAGUUUAAAUACAAAUCCAAUGAACUGAGUAUACACCUUGUGGAGAUAUCAAAGACGAUGCAGUUGUUGCAAGCUGGUAGAUUGUGUGUGAGCCAUAAAGAAAGUGAUAUUGAAUUACCUUAUGACAGAGAGGGUGAAACAGUAAGUGGCAUAAAAGUAUAUUGGUAUAAUGAUCUCAAGAAGGUCCCAGAGAACUUUUCAUGGUAUAUCGCACAUGAAUUCUUCGAUGUAUUACCAGUUCACAAGUUUGAAAAAACGAAUAAAGGCUGGCGGGAAAUUUUAAUAGAUCUAGACGAGAAUCAGAAGCCAUACUACAGAAUAUCGGGAGAUGAAACACAAAGCGUAAAAUUACUUGUCCGUCCACCUCUAGACGCGGGAGAUAGAACUGAGCUAGAAGUCAGCCCAAGGUCUUUGGGAAUUGCCAGACAAUUGGCGGAGAGGGUUGACCAGUUUGGUGGUCUUGCAUUGAUAGCAGAUUAUGGGCAUGAGGGUGAGAAGGGAGACACUUUCAGGGCCUUCCACAAACACCAAGUAGUUGAUCCAUUGGAAAACCCAGGUGUAUCAGAUCUCACAGCUGAUGUGGACUUCAGUCAGUUACGAGUUGCCGCGUCAAAGGCACCGGGAAGAGAUAACUAUGCAAUCGUCAUGGGUCCAGUGCUGCAGAAGGACUUUUUAGAACGCAUGCAGGCUAAAGCUAGAUUAGAGGUAUUGAUAAAUAGUGCAAAAAAUGAAGAAGAUAAAGAAAAGUUAAUAGCCUCUUACAACAUGCUUGUGGACCCACAGAAGAUGGGAGAAAGAUUUAAAUUUAUGGCGUUUUAUCCCUCUGCCAUGGCAGAAAUGUUAGAAAAAUACCCUCCCGUGGGCUUUGCUAAUCUCACCAUUAAAUAGAUGUACAUUGUAACAUUAUGCUUGUUAUGUCUUGUAAAUAAAUAGUUAUUUUAAAUUU